AUGGCCACCCCUCCGACCGAUGUCGCCCUUAUCUCCCCCUCGAAAUACACAUCCUCCCCUCCCGCCUCCGCCUCCGCGCCCCCGAUAGACUGGCUCCUGCGCACCUGGAGCGUGACGCACUCCACCCUCACCAUGUGGCGCGACGCCCGCAACGUGCGCAUCACCUACGCCGCCCUCCCCGCGAAGCCCGACGGCACCGCGCGCGUCGACGACCUGGUCGAGUACGAGUCCAACAAGAGCACCCCCUCGACGGGCGUCAAGUCCGUCAAGGGCGUCGACACCGCGUCCCGUCCCGGCGGCGACACGGGCGCGUGGGACUGGAGGGGCAAAGGGUGGCUGUUCUUUGUGGGGAGCCACUGGGAGGUCCUCGGGUGGGGGGAGAAGAAGACGGCGGCGGGGGAGACGGAGAGGUGGGCUGUUACGUGGUUUGCACCGACCGUCUUUACGAAGGAGGGCGUCGACAUCUACUGCGAUCGGAAAGAGGGCUUGAGUGAGGGGACGUACAAGGAGAUCAUGGCUGGGUUGAAGGGGUUGGAGGCCAAGGAGGUCGCCGAGAUGGUCGAGAAGGACAUGAAGCCUGUUGAGAUUUUGUUGCCGUGGAAGGAGGCUUGA